AUGGGUAAGGAGAAGAUGCACAUCAACGUGGUCGUUAUCGGCCACGUCGAUUCCGGAAAGUCCACCACCACCGGCCACUUGAUCUACAAGUGCGGUGGUAUUGACAAGCGUACCAUCGAGAAGUUCGAGAAGGAAGCCGCCGAACUCGGUAAGGGUUCCUUCAAGUACGCAUGGGUCCUCGACAAGUUGAAGGCCGAGCGUGAGCGUGGUAUCACCAUCGACAUUGCUCUCUGGAAGUUCGAGACUCCCAAGUACUAUGUCACCGUCAUUGACGCCCCCGGUCACCGUGAUUUCAUCAAGAACAUGAUCACUGGUACCUCCCAGGCCGACUGCGCUAUUCUCAUCAUUGCCGCCGGUACUGGUGAGUUCGAGGCUGGUAUCUCCAAGGAUGGCCAGACUCGUGAGCACGCUCUCCUCGCUUACACCCUCGGUGUCAAGCAGCUCAUCGUUGCCAUCAACAAGAUGGACACCACCAAGUGGUCCGAGGAGCGUUACCAGGAGAUCAUCAAGGAGACCUCCAACUUCAUCAAGAAGGUCGGCUACAACCCCAAGCACGUUCCCUUCGUCCCCAUCUCCGGUUUCAACGGUGACAACAUGAUUGAGGCCUCAUCCAACUGCCCCUGGUACAAGGGUUGGGAGAAGGAGACCAAGGCCAAGGCCACUGGUAAGACCCUCCUCGAGGCCAUCGACGCCAUCGACCCUCCCAGCCGUCCCACCGACAAGCCCCUCCGUCUUCCCCUCCAGGAUGUUUACAAGAUUGGUGGUAUUGGCACGGUGCCCGUCGGUCGUGUCGAGACCGGUAUCAUCAAGGCCGGUAUGGUCGUCACCUUCGCCCCCGCUGGUGUCACCACUGAAGUCAAGUCCGUCGAGAUGCACCACGAGCAGCUCACCGAGGGUGUCCCCGGUGACAACGUCGGCUUCAACGUCAAGAACGUCUCCGUCAAGGAGAUCCGUCGUGGUAACGUUGCCGGUGACUCCAAGAACGACCCCCCCAAGGGUGCCGAGUCCUUCAACGCCCAGGUCAUCGUCCUCAACCACCCUGGUCAGGUCGGUGCUGGUUACGCCCCAGUCCUCGACUGCCACACCGCCCACAUUGCUUGCAAGUUCUCUGAGCUCCUCGAGAAGAUUGACCGCCGUACCGGAAAGUCUGUUGAGAACUCUCCCAAGUUCAUCAAGUCCGGUGACGCCGCCAUCGUCAAGAUGGUUCCCUCCAAGCCCAUGUGCGUUGAGGCUUUCACUGACUACCCUCCUCUCGGUCGUUUCGCUGUCCGUGACAUGCGUCAGACCGUUGCUGUCGGUGUCAUCAAGUCCGUCGCCAAGGCCGACAAGGCCGGCAAGGUCACCAAGGCCGCCCAAAAGGCUUCCAAGAAAUAA